AUUUUCACUAAUGAAAAACAGAAAAUCGGAUCGGAUUCUAUAUCGGGUUUUAACACUCCUACAAAUAGAGAUCCGUAUUUAAUAGACGGACACAAUUUUCCAGAAAAGGUAAUGCAAGUAUAACGAGGAAUAAAGAAUAUGCGGAGGCCAUAGAUUAUGGUGGAUAUAUGAUCUGACGGUUGAAUAUUGAAGACCAAAGACCAUCUGAUGACUGACAAUUUCUCAUAGUCAUUUUCUCACUAUUUCAUGUAGAGUGUUGUAGCAGAGAAUCGCUUUUUUCUAGACGUCUACAUCAAUCUCACCACUAAGUGUUAAUACAGAGGUACAGAUUUAAUCACAAGUCAGUUUCUUCUUACUGCUAUUUCCGUUUCACUGAUUCUUUCUGUAAGUUCUCCAUCGCCUUUUUUUUUGCCUUUUUCUGGUUUCCUUUUUUUUUUUCAUUAAGGAACAUCGUUGUAUAUGUUGCUGUGUUUUAUCUUUCACAAAUUGAUGGUUUUUUUUGGGUGAUUUUUGUUGCUUUUGAUUAUUACUGCGUGAUGUCUGAAACUCUGAAUGCGAUUAUCAUGAUUUAUGCUUGAGUUAAAUGUAAGGACAGAAUGGCAAACAAUGAAGGAGAGGGAAGUAACCCCGAAGCUUUCAAGCGUUCUCCAGGGUUUCCUCGUGUCACCCUUAACGAGAGAAUCCUUUCUUCCAUGACUCACCGAUCUGUGGCUGCUCACCCUUGGCAUGAUCUAGAAAUUGGACCUGGUGCCCCGUCAGUUUUUAAUUGUGUCGUGGAGAUUAGCAAAGGGAGCAAAGUUAAGUAUGAGUUGGACAAGACAACUGGAUUGAUUAAAGUUGACCGGGUUCUUUACUCAUCAGUGGUUUACCCUCAUAAUUAUGGUUUCAUCCCUCGCACCAUUUGUGAGGACAGUGAUCCCAUGGAUGUACUUGUUUUGAUGCAGGAGCCUAUACUUCCAGGCUCAUUCCUUCGAGCUCGGGCCAUUGGACUCAUGCCUAUGAUCGAUCAGGGUGAGAAAGAUGACAAGAUUAUAGCAGUGUGUGCUGAUGAUCCUGAGUUCCGUCACUACACAGAGCUCAAUGAGCUACCUCCCCAUCGCCUUGCAGAAAUCCGUCGUUUCUUUGAAGACUACAAGAAGAAUGAGAACAAGAGUGUUGCAGUGAAUGAUUUUCUGCCAGCUGCAGAUGCUAUUGCUGCCAUCCAAUAUUCAAUGGAUCUCUAUGCGUCGUACAUUGUUGAGGGGUUGAGGCAAUAAGGUGCAAAACAGGGAGUUUGUGGCAAUAGCAGAGCGACGUAAGAAGUCGAUCAAUGGACUGUCAUUUUGUCGUCUUUUUUUUGCUGCCUCUGGACUAACUGAUAACAAUGAAAAUUGAUAAACAACGAACUGCCUUCAUAUUUGGCCGUCAUGUAACCUUACAUUUUACCACAAUGUAUUUUGUGUGCACCUUACAUUUUCUACUAGAUGAAAGCAGUUAAAUGGUUUCUUUUUA